AUCUAGAUUUUCAAGAUGAUGAACGACUACAGCUUCAGCUCUGACCUCUCCAUGGAUACGUCCUCAUCCUGUCCUAAUACUCCAGAGAAAGACGGUGUCCCUGUGAGCACUGAGAGUCCCAGGGCUAAGGAUUGGCAGAGAUUGCUCCAGAUGUCUGAUGGAUAUGGGGACAAGAAUAUGUUCAUUAACGACGGUAUUCACGGACAUAUCAAGAUUCCUGGAAUAUGCCGUGCAGUUAUAGAUACCCCACAGUUCGAUCGUCUUCGUGGUAUUAAACAGUUGGGGACUACAUUCUAUGUGUAUCCUAGUGCUAAACAUACAAGUGCUAAACAUAUACCAGGUAACCAGUUAGGAGAGUUAGGAAUUCUAUUCUACGAUUAUCCUAGUGCUAAUAUACCAGGUAAACAGUUGGGAACUGCAAGCUACGGUUAUCAUAGUGCUAAACUUAUCAAGUAUCUAUAUCAGGAUAAGUUAUGUGUGAUGUUAGCUGGUCUCUGUCAUGAUCUAGGGCACGGUCCUUACUCUCAUCUCUGGGAGCACUUUGUAUCUGAAGCUAGACCAGAUAAUACGUGGCACCAUGAACAGAGCAGUAUUGAUAUGCUUGACUUUCUCAUUCAGGAGAACAAUCUUUGGCCUAUAUUCAUGGCCUAUGAUUUCACUAACUUGGAUCUUAUCUUCAUCAAGGAGUUGAUUUACGGCCCCCUCCCAGGCUCUGACGGAGUAUUCAAGGGCCGAGGACCAGAGAAACAUUUCCUCUACGAGAUCGUCGCAAACAAGAUAUCCAGCAUUGACGUGGACAAGUGGGAUUACUUUCUCAGGGACAACAUGGCGAUGAACAUUGGGCUCACCUUCGAUUACAAGAGGUUUAUCUGCAUGUCUCGCCUGGUGGAGGUCGACGGGAAAACCAGGCUCGCCUUGGCAGAUAAGGAGGCCCGAAGUGUUGAGAAAUUGUUUGAGGAUAGAACCCGACUGCAUGAGCACGGAUACCAGCACAGAGUUGUAAAGAAGAUUGAUCGAAUGUAUAUUGAUAUUCUUCUUAGUGCUGAUAGACAUGUGGAGAUCUGCGUAGAUAGAGAAGGUAAAUUUGUCCCUUUAUCUGAAGCUUGCAAUGAUAUGUUUGUGUUCUCCCAGCUGACAGAUGAAUUCUUGUUCAACACUAUCCGACACUCGAGAACAAAUGCUCUGAAAGCAGCGCGGCAAAUUAUUCACAGGAUAUCAACCAGAAAACUCUACAAAGUCGUAGGUUUGGUUGGACGAAGUGGGAGUCAUAUCUCCCAGAAGUUUAAUGAGCAUCAGGUCUCCUUGAAUGAGUUUGUAUUGAGAGCAAACGGUUCAUUAUCUCCUGAAGAUCUGACCCUCUCCUUGAAACGGAUUACCUCUGGUCUAGGUAGACAGAAUCCUGUGGAGAAGGUUCUGUUUGUAAACUCUAAAGGGCAGUCCAGGAACUACAGCUCAAAAUACCUGAAGGAGAUUAUGCCUGUUGAAAAGGAAACCUUGCUGGUAAUACUGAGGAGGGAGGGGGAGGAGUACAGGAAGGAGGCGGUGGAGUUGGUCAGAACCUGGCUCAGGCAAUCCUUCGAGGAGGAGGAUUAUGAGAUAUCCUCCUCUGAUCGAGAAUAGACGGGACUAGAUUUCAUUCCCGAAUUUUCUUAAAUAGCGAAAAAAGACAUGAUUUGAUAUCUGGAUAAAGCACAAAAUUUUAAGAAUGUAUGAUUUUUUUCAAUAUCCAGAAAUAGAAUUUGUCCAGAUUUUCAUCCUUGACACAAAGGAA